AUGCCCGACCCACUCAAAGAGUCCCACGUCGACUCCAAGACCGACCCCACCGUCGCCAAUCAAUGGGAUGACAAAACGCCCAAGAAGCAGCAAAUCGAGGACUUCUACAAGACGGUCGACGGCAUGAAGAUUGGCCUCCUGACCACCAUCCGCGACGGCAUCGGUCCCGUCGCUCGCGCCAUGGCCGUAGCCAAGCGCGAAGGACCCGACUUCCUCUUCCUCGCCAACACGCACUCGAACAAAUUCUCCGACCUGGCCGGCGACCCCACCGCCCAGCUCACCUUCCAAAACUCCUCCUCCCAAGACUGGGUCUCCGUCACCGGCACCGUGGUCACGACCGCGAACGACGACCCGCGCAUCAAGGAGCUCUACUCCAAAGGCACGGCGGCCUGGUUCGGCGACCUGGGCGACGGCGUGCACAACGGCACGGCCGAGGACCCGCGCAUGGCCAUCAUUGAGCUCCGGGCCAAGUACAUCAGCUACUGGAAGGCCACGGUGGGCACCUUGGGCUUCGUGAAGGAGGUGGCGCAGGCGAGCUUGACGGGGCAGGUGGCGAACACGGGGAUGCAGAGGCGGUUGCCGGAGGAGGAUAUUGAGGCCAUGAGGAAGGUGCCUUCUUCUUGA